AUGGACGCGCCGGGAGGCGUCGUCGGAGUCGGCGGCCGCAGCGGCGAGCGCCACGCGGCGCAGGUGGUUGGCGCGGACGGCGAGAUGGACGCGGCCGCCAUGGAGCGGUUCGCCGCCGCCGCGGGGCUCCGGGGGCGGGGCCUCUCCUACGCCGUUGUCUCCAUCCUCGGGCCCCAGGGCAGCGGGAAAAGCACCUUGCUCAACCACCUCUUCGGGACAAGCUUCAGGGAAAUGGAUGCCUUGAAAGGAAGGCACCAGACCACCAAGGGCAUUUGGAUCGCCAAGGCUGUUGGGAUCGAGCCGUUCACUGUUGUGCUGGACCUGGAGGGGACGGACGGGAGAGAGCGAGGGCAGGAUGAUACAGCUUUCGAGAAGCAGAGUGCUCUGUUUGCUCUUGUAGUUUCAGACAUUGUUAUGAUAAAUUUGUGGUGUCAUGACAUUGGGCGAGAACAUGCUGCUAACAGGCCUCUUUUGAGAACAGUAUUUCAGGUCUUGAUGCGUUUAUUCAGCCCUCGCAAGACGACACUGCUACUUGUUAUCCGCGAUAAAACAAAGACUCCACUGGAUUACCUAACACAAGCUCUCAAGGAGGAUAUUGAGAAGAUAUGGGACUCUGUUCAGAAACCAGAAGCUUACAAGGAAGCAGCGCUUAGUGAUUUCUUCAAUGUGGAGGUCACUGCUCUAUCGAGUUAUGAAGAGAACGAAGAACUAUUUAAGGAGCAGGUUGGACAACUAAGGCAGAGGUUUUAUCAUUCAAUUGCACCAGGUGGUCUUGCAGCUGAUAGAAGAGGUGUGGUACCUGCUUCGGGCUUCUGUCUCAGUGCACUGCAGAUUUGGAAAGUAAUACGUGAAAAUAAGGACCUCAACCUUCCUGCUCACAAGGUCAUGGUUGCUACUGUUCGAUGUGAAGAGAUUGCAAAUGAAAAGCUCAAAAACUUUUUGUCCAAUAAGGGUUGGUUGGAGCUAGAUGCAGCUGUAAAAUCUGGUCUGCCACCAAGCUUCGGAACGAGGCUCAGUGCUAUUCUCGACUCUUAUCUAUCAGAGUAUGACAUGGAAACCAUGUAUUUUGAUGAAGGUGUAAGAGCUGCUAAGCGGCAACAAUUAGAAUCUUCAAUGCUAGAUCACACAUAUCCUGCUAUCGAGAGAGUAAUGGAGCACCUGCAUCUUGUGGUUCUUAACAAAUUCAAAAGUGAUCUGGAACAAUCAUUAAGGAACACAGAGGGAUUUGCAGAAUCAGUUCGUCAGUGUUCUCAAGCUUCAAUGGAAGAGUUUGAUGCUGGAAUAAGAGAUAUAGCAGUUAAACAUGUGCAGUGGGAUGCUUCAAAAGCUAGGAAUAAACUGCAAGAGCAUAUACAAGCUCAUGUAGAAUCUAUUAGGAACGCAAAAUUGGCAGAACUGAAAGCUAACUAUGAGAAGAAGCUGUCAGACGCAAUUGCUGGGCCUGCACAAUCCAUACUUGAAACUGGCCAGAGAGACUCCUGGGCAUGCAUUAGGAGACUAUAUAGGCGUGAGACUGAAAAUGCUGCUCUUGCAUUCUCAGCUUCCCUUUCUGAGUUUGACCUAGACCAAACAAUUUCCAGUAAGAUGGUCUCAGACUUGAGGGAACAUGCAAGAAGCGUAGUAGAAAUUAAAGCUAGAGAAGAAGCUGGAAACGUUCUGAUGCGCAUGAAAGAAAGGUUUUUCACUGUGUUGAGCCAUGAUAGGGAUUUGAUGCCAAGGACAUGGAUGGGAGAUAAGGAUAUCCGUUCAAUCACUAGAGAAGCACGCUUAGGGGCUUUAAGACUUAUGUCUGUAAUGGCAGCUAUACGGUUAGAUGAUAAACCAGACAAAAUAGAACGGGCUCUGACUACUGCUCUUUUAGAUGGCGGACCCCUUUCCCACAAGAGGAGCAUAGAAUUUGCUUCUGAUCCACUUGCUUCAAGCACGUGGGAAGAGGUUUCACCAAAGGAUACACUGAUUAAGCCAGUGCAGUGUAAAUCCAUCUGGAGGCAAUUCAAAGCAGAGACAGAGUAUUCUGUUGUGCAAGGAAUGUCUAUGCAGGAAGCACAUAGGCGUAGCAAGAGCUGGUUACCACCUGCAUGGACUAUUCUGCUUCUGGCAAUACUAGGCUACAACGAAUUUAUGUUUCUUCUUAGGAAUCCAUUGUACCUUCUAGGGCUCUUUGUUGCCUUUGUGUUGUCAUAUGCCAUAUGGUUGCAAUAUGACAUCACUGCUUAUUUUCGUCAUGGCAUGCUGUCUGCUCUUCUUACGAUUUUAUCAAGACUACUCCCCAGGAUAAUGGACAUUGUGAUGCAAAUAAUCAAUAUGAGCCACAGACACAAGCAUGCAUUCCCCACAUCCAUCUCGCCGCCCCCAACCUAUCCAUGCUCAGAGCUUCAUGAACCAGACGUGGGGACGGGCUCAAGUGCAGUACCAGUUUCCUGA